AUGCAACCCCGGCUCAUUUACGCCUCGCUUACCUGCAGACUCGGCGAUACUUCCAGAUAUCUAGAUAAAUUCUCAAUCGUCGCCGACAGCACAAACCGCUCCAACACCAGCCCUCAAAUCAGCACCGCCAAAUUCACCAUGCGCUCUCCUUUAACCCUUCUGGCCCUCGCAGCCCUCCCGCUGACAUCCGCCAUCAACAUCAUCUCCUCCAACGACGACGGCUGGGCCGAAAUCAACAUCAGACAGCUAUUCAACGCCCUCACCACCGCCGGCCACUCAGUCGUCCUCUCCGCACCCGCAGAGAACAAGAGCGGCUCCGGCUCAAGCGACGAAGCGCCCACCUCCCGAACCACCGCAUGCCAAUUCUCCAGUUGCACAGCAGGCGGCCCAACCGGGUCCAACGCCUCCGACCCGCGCCUCAACUGGGUAAACUCGUACCCCGUCACCUCGAUCGCAUACGGCAUCGACACGCUGUCUCCAAAUCUACUCAAUGCACCCCCCGACCUGGCCAUCACGGGCCCAAACGUCGGCAGUAACCUCGGUCUGGCCGUGUACGUCUCCGGCACCGUCGGCGCAGCGCACUACGCGUCAAGCACGGGGAUCCCCGCGAUCGCGUUUUCAGGCGCCGACGGGUCGCCGACGGCGUGGGACGCGGAUGUCCCGGCGUAUAGCGCCAUUUACGCGGACCUUGCGGCGAAAGUUGCUGAGAGGGUGGUGAGCGGUGGGACACCGUACCUUCCCGAGAACGUGUGGCUGAAUGUCAACUUCCCGACUAUUGAGGGGUGCACGAGCCCCGACGACUUCCGUUUCGUGCUCAGCCGGAUCUUCACGGCGGUUCCGCUUCUCUCGGGCGAGGACGUCGAGACGUGCGGGGGGACUCGGCUGCCUACGGAGAGCAGUGUUGUUGGUGCGGACGGCUGCUACGUUAGUAUUUCGGUUGGGGCGCCUGAUAAGACGGAUGCCGAUGCAGCGGCGCAGGGGGUUGUGUUGGAAACGCUGGGUGAUUUGUUGAGUUGUCUGCCGUAG